AUGUCUGACGAACAAGCAAAGGGCUCAGGAGCUAUCCUCUGUGACAUGUGUACAGGGGAGGACAGGAAACCAGCACGGAAGACCUGCAUGAAAUGUGAGAUCUCCAUGUGCGUCCAGCACCUCCAGGCCCACCUCACCACUCCUGUCUUAAUCCAAACUCAUCCUCUGACCGAGCCAAUGGCCUCAGGGGAUGCAGGCUUAGGUGGCACCACUAAAUGCCCCCAGCAUGGCAAACUCCUGGAGUACUACUGCUUGGAUGACAUGACCUGUGUGUGUGUUUCUUGUGCCAUUGAAGACCAGCACCGUCUGCACAAUAUGAAGACCUUCUCCACAGCCUACAAAGAGCUUGUGGAGAAGCUCAACACUGAGCAGCAGGCCUUACUGGUGAGAACUGGUGACAAGAAUUUGUGUCUGGAAAAGUGGGAUAAGAGUGAAAGAGAGAAGCUGGGUUGCUCUAGCGUGCGUCUCAUUGAGGCUGUGACUAACCUGCGUGACAUCACCCUGACCAGUGUCCAGAGUUCAGUCUCUGCCCGGAUGGUGUCCAUCAGAACCAGCAAGAGCAGCAUGCAAGCUGCACAGCAGGAGAAGGACACCUUCAGAUUCCUGCAGAUGUAUUCUCAGGUGCAUCAGGAUGUGGAGAAGGCCAAGGCUGUGGAUCUGAGGAAAGGCUUGGAGCCUGGCAGUGAUCGGGACAAACUGGUUCAGGAGAUAAUACAGAAUGGGGAUAAGAUGAUGAAGCAGGCAGGCCAAUUCUUGGGAUCCCUGCUGACUCUGGUGGAUCCAGAGAACCACCAGGAGCUCACUGCUACUGGUUCAGACCUGAUCUUUGAGCCACAGAUUUUUAGCCCUGGCGUGUUGCUGUCCAAAGACAAAAGGAAGGUUUUCUACAGCAGUUGGCAGGAUGUAUGCUCUGCCACUCUUCUAAUCCGUAGUGCAAAGACAGUUACUAACAUUCAGAGGUGGAUGAUCAGUCUUUCCCCAGACUGCAACUGGACCGUUGGUUUAUGUGACAAACAGUCUGCAAAGUCUGCAAAUUUGAGGGAUGAACAUAUCUAUGGUCUGUGCUGCAAAGAUAACCAGCUAAGUUCUCUCACAACAGAAUAUGAUGAUGCAUCAGUCAGUCCAUUUCUUUUUGGGGUGCAGAACAAUGUCAAGGUUACACCACGGAAAACAUGCAGGGUUUCCUCUGCAUUAAACAAGGCCGUACCACGACCUGAAAUGGUUGAAGUGUUCUGGAACUCCGUCACCUCCUCGCUGUCCUUCUUCAGCAGAACUGGACGGCACCAGAGGGAAGAAAUCAUCACGAUUAAGAUGAGCCUCAACAACUGGGACCUGGCCCCCUUUGUUCAACUAGAACAUAAAAAUGUCCAAAAUAGGCAAGGACAGGAUUGGAAGUGCCAAUGUGGGAAGGCUUCCAAAAUGGAGAAGAGUUAAGUCAUGGUAGGCUACAAUCAACAGGAUAGUUGUUCUUCUUGUGAAGCAGUUAUUGGUGAUGUAUGCAUAGAUGUGGUUUGUGAACUUCAGUAAUGGGUGAGACGACUGAUCAUUGCUAAUUAAAUACAAAGCAACAAAUAUCUACAGUUACAACAUCUCUUGAUUUCAUUGGAUGAAUAUAAAUAUUAGUUUAGUAUCAAGUUGCUGUCAAAUCAAAAUAAAGUGCUUUUAAUGCAAAUUCCAGAAAUAAGAUAAUCCUUUUGGUGUACAAUAUACACAUCAUAUACUAUAGGAAAGAUCUUUUUUCAAUUGUGGUAAUGUUAAUGAUUUUGUUUUGGGAGUUGUUUCUAAUAUAUGCAACAAGGUUGUUUUGUAAUGCUCUUUUACUGUGUCAUAAUUUAAGGUGUUUGUCUCCAUCUACUGGUGGUGAACACGUCACUGCGCUCACACAGUGCUCUUAUUUUACACUACAUUGACUUUAAGAAUCAAAAUGUCAACAAGGAAUGUUUACUUACUCUGUGAAUGAUACAAUCAACAAUAAAGUCUGUCAA